AUAAAUAUCUGCAGGCUUUUGGAAACGAACCAAAAAGAGGAAAGCAAAACAUGGCCGCAGCUUCUUCUUCCUCUAUCUUCUUCAAUCCCUUGACUUCUAAACACUGCAACUCCAACAAGAUUAAGCCCUGCUCCGACCUUUCUGCCGGCGCUCUCAAGCUGGGCUUUUUUGGUCCCACCACUAACACCACCGCUGCAUCACUGAGAUUCAAGAAGCUGAAUUAUGGGAAAGGAUCGUCUUCUGGUUUCUCUGUUGUGUGUGAAGCUGUUUCGGUUAAGCCUGACACCGCGAUCGAAGGGCUUAACAUUGCUGAUGACGUUACUCAGCUUAUUGGAAAAACACCAAUGGUGUACUUGAACAAUAUUGUGAAAGGCUCUGUCGCAAAUAUUGCAGCCAAGCUUGAGAUUAUGGAGCCAUGUUGCAGUGUGAAGGACAGGAUAGGGUACAGUAUGAUUGCUGAUGCUGAGCAAAAAGGACUUAUAACAGCUGGAAAGAGUAUUCUUGUGGAACCUACAAGUGGAAACACAGGCAUCGGCCUUGCGUUCAUUGCUGCCUCAAAAGGAUAUAAACUUAUCUUGACAAUGCCAUCAUCAAUGAGUUUGGAAAGAAGAGUUCUUUUGAAAGCAUUUGGAGCUGAGCUUAUUUUAACGGAUCCGGCAAAAGGCAUGAAGGGUGCUGUUCAGAAAGCUGAAGAGAUUGUGAAAAGUACACCCAAUGCCUACAUGCUUCAACAGUUUGAUAAUCCAGCAAAUCCCAAAAUACACUAUGAGACAACCGGCCCUGAGAUCUGGGAAGACACUAGAGGCAAAGUGGACAUUUUUAUUGGAGGGAUUGGAACUGGUGGAACCAUAUCUGGAGUUGGCCGGUACCUUAAAGAAAAGAAUCCCAACAUAAAGGUUAUUGGUGUCGAACCUACAGAGAGCAACAUACUUUCCGGUGGAAAGCCUGGUCCUCACAAGAUACAAGGGAUUGGAGCAGGAUUCAUACCUGGGAAUUUGGACCAAAAUGUGAUGGAUGAAGUUAUUGAGAUAUCCAGUGAUGAAGCUGUUGAAACUGCAAAGCAAUUAGCUCUUCAAGAAGGCUUGAUGGUUGGCAUAUCCUCUGGCGCAGCAGCAGCUGCCGCAAUUAAAGUUGGGAAAAGACCGGACAAUGCUGGGAAGCUGAUUGCUGUCUUGUUUCCAAGCUUUGGUGAGCGAUACCUCUCCUCGGUACUUUUCCAAUCCAUUCGAGAUGAAUGUGAGAAAAUGCAGCCUGAACCAUAAGUCUCUUGUACUUUUCUAUGAAUAAAAACAAUUUUUUCCUCCAUGGAGAUGUUGGACCAUUUUGGUAAUGGUAUGUAAACCCUUGAGAAGGCAUUUCCUUGAAAUUCUUCAACUAUGAGUUACGGCAACAAUAAAUUUGAUUAGAAUUCUGCUGCAAUUUUAUAAA